AACUGUUCACUGCGCUCGCUCGUCAUCGCAGACGCACAAACAUCAUUCGUACUGAUUGCUGACUUAAUCAAACGAGAAACAUGUGGUUGCGCAAGAUCUCCAUGUGUUGCUUCCUCCUUCCUCGUCUUUUGAUCGUCGGCCUUACACUUGCGAAGACCCUCGAAGCGUCUGAAGAGACUCGCGAAACGAAAGUCAUCUUCGAAGAGACUUCCUCGAUAUCAGAUCAAUACUCCGUUCAUGAAAUAACGACAUCCGCUACGUUAUUAAGACUGGUCACCGACAGCGACCAAGAAUUAAUCACACCGGUCGUCGGAACCCUUUCACGAAACGAUUCCAACGUCUUCAAGCCUAGCCGGCAUUUGGGCGAAAUCGAGCACCCGAUCAUCAGGAAUCCCUUUAACAACGUUCAACACGUGAGAUUCGAAAACAACGUUAAUCUGAAUGGACAGCGUGAACGGAUUCAGAAUAUUCUUCAGGAUGCGUAUCAGGGUGUCUCCAGUUUGCUGGACGAAGCGACGCGAUCGAGCAAAAUUAAGUUCGAGGAUGACGACAUAGUACAAACGUCGGACAUCCGUCAUUCUUUCCAUGAUCAGCAGGCUGUUACGGAAAGUUCGAGAUCGCAAUAUGAGCAAGGCGCUGUCAGCCACAUGUUUGCCGAUCAGACGUUCUUCCAAAACGUUAAGAAGCCAGAGACGCAAGACGUGUUCGGGAAAACGACUGAUUAUCAAUCGACCGGUCUUUACGAUGUUUUAAAAUCGCCGUACGUCAUCAAUUAUUAUGUCGAUCAGGAUCAGAAUGCUUAUCAGCCGGCGUCGCAGGAGACCGUGAUCGAAGUGAUCAAGAGGCCGGAGAGUAACGGUGUCGUAGUACUUCAACAACACGAGUCAACUUAUACGAGAAAGCGGAAAUUUCCAUAUCCGUUUUAUCAACCGGAUGACAAAUACCACGAUGUGCAAUAUAUAGAGGACCCACAUUUGAAUAUAGCUUAUGCACGAGAGAAAAGACCGUUCCCUUGGAAGAAGAUCAUUCAUCUAAUUGGUACUUUUCUGCCGUUGGGUCUACUAUUGGCGUCGUUAAAGCCCAACGUCAUCCAGAUCGGUAACACAACAACCCAGCCGAACAUCGUUCUCUCAAAGUUACGACUCGCCAAUCUGCCGAUCGAACACAAGCAAGCACGCAUACACGAUGAUAACCAAUCUAUCAUUUGCGAGAAUCGAUCAGUCUGCGAAUUGAUUUUAAUCGGCGGUGAGCCACAAUCUAACAUUCUACAGAACAUCCUGUGGAACGUAGCUACCAGAACUCCGGACGACGUCGCAAAAAGAAAUGGCCUUCGUGAAGUGUUCAACGCCGUUAGGAAAAAAGACUGUGCGGCGAUCAGCUGUUAACGACUAGGAAGCCUGAGGAUCGGCAUGCACGCGAUCUCUCCUUCGUUGAUUUAUGACGAUAAUGUUCUCACAUUAUGCAAAUUUCACGCCUUUACGCGUGAAACAGCGAGAGUAUAAAAAUUGAUG